AUGAGGAAGAAUGGAUGGCGGUUACCUUAUCAUCCUCUGCAGGUGGUGGCUAUUGCUGUUUUUUUGGCUCUUGGGUUUGCUUUCUAUGUGUUCUUUGCUCCUUUUGUUGGGAAGAAGAUUUAUCAGUAUAUUGUUACAGGACUCUACACACCUCUGAUCGCUAGUGUCUUUGGACUAUACAUUUGGUGUGCGGCAGCUGAUCCAGCAGAUCCAGGGGUUUUUAAGUCCAAAAAGUAUCUUAAAAUUCCAGACAGCAAAAAGCUUAGCAGGUUCAAGGAUUCUAAACAAGGAGGGGAAUCAAAUUCAUCCGUGCACGAUGGAAAUGCUUCAACAAUUGGACCAAAGUCUAUGGAUAAGGAGGCAUUCGGAACCGAAGCAAGUUUUAAAGAUGCUGCUAUUUCCAAAGAGAAGAAAACUGCAUCACCGCCUUCACCAUCCUGUUUUCUAUGGCUUUUCUCUCCUUGUGCUUAUGUAUGCAGCCGCUCUAGUUCACAUGACGACUCUUCUGAUAAACUAGCUAGUGAAGACGGCAUGUUCUACUGCAGUUUGUGUGAAGUUGAGGUCUUCAAGUACAGCAAGCACUGUAGAGUUUGUGACAAGUGUGUUGAUAGCUUUGAUCAUCAUUGCAGAUGGCUUAACAACUGCAUUGGGAAAAAGAACUACCGAAAUUUUUUCACCCUUAUGGUUGCGGCUCUUCUCUUGCUUAUUCUUCAAUGGUUGACUGGGAUAGUUGUGCUCGUCUGCUGUUUUAUGAAGAGGAAGGAAUUUUCCGUUGACGUGUCCUCCAAGUUGGGAAGCAGUUUCUCUCUUGUACCUUUUGUUAUUGUAGUGGCAGUUUGUACCAUUUUGGCUAUGAUUGCUACCUUGCCUCUUGUUCAGCUUUUCUUCUUUCAUAUUCUUCUCAUUAAAAAGGGAAUCAGCACAUAUGAUUACAUCAUAGCUUUGAGGGAGCAAGAUCAGCAAGGAGUUGGAGGUCAGCAGAGUCCUCAAAUGUCACCUGUUAGCUCGAUUACCGGACUAAGCAGUGCAAGCUCCUUUUCUACUUUCCAUCGCGGUCAAUGGUGCACACCGCCACGCAUGUUUAUUGACGAUCAGUUUGAUGUAGUGCCACAAGAUACUGCUUCUGUAAGUUCUCGAGGAAAGAAGUCAAUUCGAGAAGAACCGGUUAAGAAAAAGAAUCCCGGAGCAGUCAAAAUUAGUCCGUGGACACUGGCACGCUUAAAUGCAGAAGAGGCUAGAAGCGGAUCAUACCUCUGGAAGCAGUGGACGACGAAUGGCCCCAAGGAGGCCAGAAUGUCUAGUCUAGCACCUCUCCAGCUCGAAGCGCGGACAACUCAAGUCCUGUCAAGCUCAAGCGGCAUUGUUGCGUCUUCUCCAGAAAGCAGUUUAGACUCGCCAGAUAUCCAUCCAUUUUGCGUGCCUCCGGCGGAAGGCGAAUCAACAAGACGGCUUGGAAGUCUUUCAGUCGGUGAUUCAGCAACAACAAAAGGGUUUCCAUUUUCAAGAUCAGCUAGUGAUGGAUAUGAUGCUUCUGGCGGGGAAGACAGUGACAGGGUUCCAACAAGGAUUGUUGACAGAUCAACAACAAAUUGGAGUAAUCUUCUUUUCAAUGCUGAUCAAGAUGAGAGAGGUUUUGAAACAAAAUCAUCAACUAGCUUUGUUAAUAAUAGAAAGUUGUGA